CAGCGGCCGAUAUACCGACCGGCACUUCGGGCGCCUGUUGUCUACUAAAUGGUUGUUAUAUUUAUAUGUUUGGCGGUUAUAAUGAAGAGGGAAACUCUAACCAACUCUACAGACUUAAUGUGAGAACAUUGAAAUGGAAACUAUUGAACCCAUCGGGCAAUAGACCGGUUGCCUGUGAUAAGAGUGUUUGUUGGCAUUACAACCAAAGAAUUUAUAUAUUCGGUGGUUAUGGCUGUAUCCCAGACACUGAUGACUAUAAUUAUCAGUUUGUUUUCGACCCGAAAUCCCAUUGGCAUUACAAGAGAGGAUGGAAUAAUCAAUUGGUUUAUUACGACAUUGAAGGCGACCAAUGGGUUUGGCCUCACGUUGAAGGCAUAGCACCCUUACCUCGUGCAGCACACGCCGCAGCAAUAGUCUCACAUCAAGUCUUCAUUUUUGGUGGAAGACAUCAAGGAUUGCGAAUGAAUGACAUCUACUCUAUUGAUAUGAGACAAAUGUCUUGGAAUGAAGUCAUGGCUUAUGACACAAAUGAAUCCAUUGUACCGAUCGGCAGAUCGUGGCAUUCAUUCACUCCUUUAUCUGACCAACAAAUAGUAUUAUACGGAGGAUUCAGUCAAGAUAAUAGACCUCUCAGUGAUUGUUGGAUAUUAGAUAUCCAGUCCAUGACAUGGAUCAGUAUAAACUUACCAUUCAAUAAGCCUCGUCUCUGGCAUUCGGCCAUUGCAUCGCCGUUUGGGGAAAAAUACCAAAGAUGUCGGUUUAGUUGA